AUGCUACUAAGCUUCCUCGUACGCAUUCGUCGAUUCGUCCGGAGCCGCUUGGGCAGGGACCCCGUGCUUUCGGUCGCUUCACCUCUUACGCCGACCGAACUCCACGACGCUUUUCUCGCAUGUGUACGCCUCAGCCAGGAGAGAUCAUUUUCGGACGACCUCCAGUGUCUUCGACGAGGCGAACGUCUGCGGAAGACGAACCCCUUGGUACCGUUAGCAGCCUUCCUCGAUGACGACGGGAUUCUGCGCGUCGGCGGGCGGCUAGAGCAUUCACCGCUGACCUACGAAGAGCGGCACCCACCAAUUCUCAGCGGCGUCUCUUCCCUCGCUUCCAUGGUCAUCGCCUGGGCGCACUCUCGGGCGCUGCACGGUGGAUACCGUGUCACCAGUGCCUACGUCUGUAAGCGCGCUUGGCUCCUCGGUGGGCCCCGGUGGAUCAAGGCUCACCUCCGCAGGUGCGUCGUCUGCAUCCGGUUGCGAGCGCGACCAGCGACUCAACUCAUGGCCCCACUGCCGUCGUCUCGAGUCUCCCCUUCUCAUGCCUUUGCCUGCACCGGAGUAGACUACGCCGGCCCUUUCCAUGUACUCUUCGCCAGAGGACGAGGAGUCCGGACCACGAAAGGCUACAUCGCUGUUUUUGUGUGCCUCGCCACCAAGGCCCUGCACCUGGAGCUGGUCGGCGAUCUCUCGGCUGCGUCCUUCUUGGGCGCCCUCCACCGAUUCGCUGGACGCCGCGGUCGGCCCGGUGAGAUAUGGAGCGACAGCGCGACUUGCUUCCGCCGCGCUGAUGUUGAGCUGCGCGAUGCCUUGCUGACAGCCGAGCUGGACUGGGGAUUGGUCGCGGGCUCUCUAGCCGAUCAAGGAAUUGCUUGGAAGUUCAUUCCACCGGGUGCUCCUCACUUCGGUGGCUUGUGGGAGGCCGCCGUCAAGUCAACCAAAAGUCACCUCCAGCGCGUCAUGGGGUCACGCCAUCUCACCUACGAGGAAUUUUCCACGGUGCUCGUUGGCAUCGAGAUGGUCUUAAAUAGCCGACCACUGACACCGCUAUCUGGAGACACUGGAGACCUCGAUAUUCUCACCCCAGGGCACUUCCUUGUCGGUGGCCCUCUCAACUCCAUCGUUCUGCCCGGCCCUGCGAAGAGCUUGGAUGCGCUCGCCCACUGGGAGCUCGUUCGGGAGGUCCGCGCCCAGUUUUGGUCCCGCUGGAGCCGAGAAUACCUCAACACACUCCAACAGCGGUCAAAAUGGACUACUCCUCGCCGGAACUUCAUCGUCGGCGAUGUGGUCGUCCUCCUCGACGCUACACUUCUGCAGUCCAGCGGCCGAUGGCCGAUCGGCCGUGUCAUCAGCGUCCACCCGGGAGCCGACGGCUUUGUCCGCGCUGCUACCCUCAAGACGGUGACUGGCGUGUACAAGCGAUCCAUCACCAAGAUGGUCUUGCUGCCUAUGUCAGCGACUCCCGCGGCUCCGCCGCCUCCAGAAGACUCCCUGACCGACCCCGGUUUGGCGGGUGGCGGGUAG